CUCGAGGAGUUCAUCGGCCUCUUUUGUAGAAGGUGAUAGCUAGAGAUCGACCUCGUGCGCGCAUACGUACGCUGAAAUGGAGGUUAACUACGCGGAAGCGGGCCAGGUUGCUCCCACCAGCAGAAGCGCGGUGCUGAAGCCGGCGUACGCCGCGCCGCACCCGCUGGCCGGCGGCAAGGUCCAGCUGACCGUCUUCGACCGCGCCGCCAUCGACACCUACGUCCCCAUCGUGCUCGCCUACCCCGCCCCGGCGCCGUCCAACCAGGCGCUCAAGGAGGGCCUCCUCCAGGCCAUCGCGCCCUACCCUCACCUGCUGGGCCGCUUCGCCCUCGACGGCCACGGCCGGCGCGUCCUGCACCUCAACAACGAGGGCGUGCUUGUCAUCGAGACCGACGUCCCGGCCGACUUGGCCGACGUGCUCGCCGCCGGCGGCAUGGCCACGGACGUCACCGGCUUUUACCCUACAGUGCCGGAGGACAGCGUUGGACCGGCGCUGCUGCAGAUCAAGCUCAGCCGCUACAGGUGCGGCGGCCUCCUGCUCGGCGUGAUAUGCCACCACCACAUCGCCGACGGCCACGCCGCGAGCACUUUCUACGGCUCGUGGGCGACCGCGGUGCGUGAGGGCAAGGGCUUCACCUUGCCCUCCCCAUUCAUAGACCGCGCGGCCACCGCCGUACCUCGCAGCACGCCCAAGCCGGUGUUCGACCACCGGUCCAUCGAGUUCAAGGGGGGAGAAGGCAGCGGCUCCAGCCAGCCCCAUGCCGUUCUCCCCAUGGACAAGAUCAGGAACAUCACGGUGCACUUCCCUGCAGAGUUCAUCGCCGAGCUCAGGUCCCGCGUCGGCGCACGUUGCAGCACCUUCCAGUGCCUGCUGGCGCACGUGUGGAAGAAGGUCACGGCGGCGCGGGGUCUGAGCCCGGAGGAGUUCACGCAGGUGAGGGUGGCCGUGAACUGCAGGGGCAGGGCCAACCCGCCCGUGCCAAUGGACUUCUUCGGCAACAUGGUGCUCUGGGCGUUCCCGAGGCUCCAGGUCCGGGACGUGCUGGGCUUGAGCUACGGCGGCGUGGUCGGCGCCAUCCGCGACGCCGCGGCGCGCAUCGACGAGGAGUACAUCCAGUCGUACGUGGACUUCGGCAGGGUGGCGGACGCGAACGGGGAGGAGCUCGCGGCGACGUCAACUUUCGGGACGAUGCUCUGCCCUGACAUCGAGGUUGACAGCUGGCUGGGGUUCAGGUUCCAUCAGCUCGACUUUGGAACCGGGCCGCCCUCCGCGUUCCUGCCGCCGGGGUUGCCGGUCGAGGGGCUGAUGGUCUUCGUGCCGUCGCGCACGGUGAAGGGCAGCGUCGACCUCUUCAUGGCCCUCGCGGAUGAUCACGUUGCGCCGUUCAAGAGGAUUUGCUACUCCCUGGAUAUUCUCCCAUCGAGGAUGUAAUUAAGAAAGCGAAGCAUGAUGCGGUCGUUCUAUGGUCAAUUGCUUUUACAAAAAUUCAAGGAAUACACAUCAAUAAAUAGGUUAUUGUACACAUCAAUUUGUUCUUUGGCAAACAAACCAACUUAGUUUUUCUUUUGAACACACAAACCGAUUUAGUUGAUUAAACAAAGUGUAUAAGAUCGAAAAAUACUAAAAAUGUACCAUGAUUUUGAGCAUGACUUUGGUGACACAAAUAAGACCAUCCUAAAGGAUCUUGACGAGCCGCACGCAGAUCUUUCAGUGCGCUAUAUGGUCACGAUGACCUUUGCAAGAGUAUAUACAAUUCUACUCGUGAGCUCACAUGCCCAUGGGGGAAUAGUACUCCCUCCGUCCCUAAAUACAGUGUGCAUUUUUUAGGUCAAACAUUGUAAUUUUUUAAUCAAAUUUAUAGAAAUUAUUAACAUCUAGAAUACUAACUCAAUUAGAUUCAUUAUGAAUAUAUAUUUUCAGACGUAUAUGUCUAUCAAUGAUAUAGAAAAAUAUCAUCUGUAAACUUGGUCAAAGUUGGUAAACUUUGGCUUUCACGAAAACCAACAAUGCACAUUAUAUUAUGAAAUGGAGAAAAUAAAAAAUAAAAAAUGAUAUCUUGGAGGUGGCGCCUAAGCCUCACUCGACUAAGAAAUAAAACUAUUUAAACAAGCAUAUGAUAUCUUUUGUGGGGCGGCUAAGGCCAAGUAGACAAACAAAGAAAAAUAGUUAGUUUUUUUUUUCUUUUUUCUUUUUAGAAAAGAAGGUUGACCUUCGGCCCCUGCAUCAAUCGAUGCAUGCAACCAUAUUAACAAAAAGGAUAACAAGGUCUUAGGUUCCAAGGAAGCUCAUAAACCGAGCCAAGAGAAAAAAUAAAUCUGUAAAGUGCCACAUCCGGCAAUAACGCGCCACAUCCGGCGAUAAAGAACAGACUACGAUGCCUACACACCUAGUCUAUUAUUAGCUCGCCAUCCAAAUCGGCUGAAGAUAGCCCAUGCAACCGUCUCCCAGCGGUUGCAUCCAAUAUCCAAAAGCUCCCUGAAAUCCGCAUGAGUGAGUAACGACCACAUACGGAUCCAAGCUGUAGCUCUGUAGAUAACCUGCAAAAAAUUGGUGAAGUUUAUCCCAUUAAAGAUCAUAUCAUUUCUAGUGUUCCAUAUAGCCCAGAAAAGUGCACAUAUCCCUAUCCGAAUAUUUUAGCUACGUGUGUCCACUCCAUUAAGCCACGUCCCAAAUAACGUGUUUAUUCUCGUGGGGGUUGAACGUUAAAAGCUAUAUGCAUUGAUUGCCAUAACAAUUUUGCAAGUGGACACUGGAGAAAGAGGUGUUUAAUCGAUUCAUUUUGAUCAUAAAAACAACACCUGGAGCUACCAACCCAAUUCCUUUUCAGCAAACUAUCUUUGGUCAAAAUAACUCCUUUGUGGACGAACCACAUAAAGAUUUUGAUGCGAAGCGGAACUUUAAUCUUCCAUAUGUGCAAAGACCUCGACAAUGGCCCGGAAUCAAUUAAGUUCAAAACAUGGAUUUCACAGAGAAAAUUCCAUUCGUGGUUAGCUUCCAACUAAUGGUAUCUGUCUGGUCCGAAAGUUGAACAUCCAUCAACCUACGGACCAGGUGGAGCCAAGCAUUCCAACGUUCCCCUACAAGGGAUCUCCUAAAUUGGAUAUUAAGUGGCACCGAGUUUAAUAUUGUGGCGACAUAAUCCUCCUUACGUUGCACAAUAUUAUAUAAGGAAGGGCGUUGUAAAGCUAAAGGCGUCUCCCCUAGCCAGGUAUCCUCCCAGAAUCUAGUAGUGGUACCAUUACCAACUAGGAAUUUUACCCGUUGAAAGAAAGUUACUCUUCUUCUCAUUAACCCCUUCCGAAAGGGUGAGUCCAUUGGCCUUGCGUUAACUUGGGCAAAAGUCUUAGAGUGUAGGUAUUUAUUCCGCAAGAUUUGUACCCACAUGCCCUCGGUCUCAGUAGAUAGUCUGUAUAGCCAUUUGCUAAGUAGACAUCUAUUCUUUACCUCUAAAUUUUCGAUCCCUAACCCACCCUGAUCUUUUGGUCUACACAUGAUAUCCCAUCUAGCCAGUCUGUAUUUCUUCUUGGCCUCAUCACUUUGCCAGAAGACUCGGGAUCUAUAGAAGUCAAGUCUUUUCCGUACCCCUACCGGUACUUCAAAGAAAGAUAAGAGGAACAUCGGCAAACUCGUCAAAACCGAAUUUAUCAAAACCAGCCGACCUCCGUAAGACAUUAGCUUGCCCUUCAGCAGCUUAGCUUUUUUUCAAAUCUAUCUUCAACACAUUUCCAUUCCUUAUUCGUUAACCGUCAAUGAUGAAUUGGGACCCCUAGAUAACUAAAAGGUAAGGAUCCCAUUUCACAACCGAACAAGUUUCUAUAAUCGUCUUGUUCUUCUUUGGCUCUCCCAAAGCAGAACAAUUUGCUUUUAUUGAAGUUGAUUUUGAGCCCAGACAGUUGCUCAAAAAGGCAUAAAACAAGCUUCAUAUUCCUAGCUUUUGCAAGAUCGUGUUCCAUGAAUAUAAUAGUAUCAUCCGCAUAUUGUAGAACGGAGACGCCCCCCUCUACAAGGUGGGGGACGAGUCCUCCUACUUGGCCACUCUCUUUAGCCCGACAAUAACACUACAAAAAAAAA